UCAAAUCUUGAGUAUGAUUAACAUGGCGUGGACGGCAAGAUGACUACCCGGGCGCGGACAGAUUGGAUUUUGUGUGGGUCUGAUUUUCUUCAAUGACAGAAGCGUUUUGGAAAGCUUUUGCGCCUAGCAAUGGGAGGUUCUCGACAAGGAAGGUUUCACCCUUUCAUUUUUCUCGGUGUGAUGGCAUUUUUACUCCUUCAGAAACCGCCUGUCACGGAUGCUGCAAUCGACAUGUUGCCAAAUGGCAUCACCACAGUUGGUAAAACAUUUCGAGUGGUGUGCACAGUUAUUGGGGAGAGUUUUGUUGGGUGGGAAGAUGUUAAUGGUCAGCGGGUCACUAAAGUUCCAGAACCGGACGAACUACCUGAGGAGAAAUACUACAGGCUAAUUCAAGGAAACAGUCACACACUUGUGAUCCAAAACGUUGCUGUAGCGGACGGAGGGAACUACACCUGUCGUGGAGACAAAACUGUCAAGGAGUUUACUCUAUACGUCGAAUUUUUCGUCACACAGUUUCCCUCGGAUCAAAGUCUCUUCGUUGGAAAGGCAGGAAUCAUUCAAUGUUCCGCCAACGGCUAUCCUAAACCAACUUUCAAAUGGUACAAAAAGAGAAGGUUGAUUAACUUAUCCGAUCCUCGCUUCACUCGUCUGUCCAACGGCUCUCUUCUGAUUGAUCCAGUUCACGAACUGGACGCAGAUGAGUACAUCUGCCGCAUUGAACAGCUGGGGGCAGGUACAGACCAAGGAACAAAUCUACGAGAGGAGCAGAAAGUCAUCAAGGUCAUUGUCAACGGUCCGCCACGCAUCAAUCUCGACAAGUCCUCGCCCUCUAAUCUGUAUUCGUUCAUUGGUAACCCUUCCCCAGUGACAAUAAAGUGCCUAUGGUGGGGACAUCCAAUUCCUGAUAUCCGCAUAACAAAGGGUAAUAAAGAGUUACCGAGUGAAGAGGUACAAUCUAAUCCACCACGAUUGGAGGCUACUGUAACUGUGAAAAAUGAUGAGGAUUUUACAACCUACACAUGUCACGCGACCAAUGUGUACGGCUCAGCGUCUUAUGACGUCGCCAUCAAUAAAGCCGGAAAACCCAGUCCUCCGACAAACAUCACGUUCGUUACCACAUGUGAUCACUUAACAGUGGCCUGGACAGAGCCGGAGUCUGAUGGAGGUUUGCCACUGACGCAUUACACCAUAGAGCUAAAGGAUGCCGGGAACUCGCUCGAUGUCGUGUAUAUCGGUGUACAAACUACAAGGUUUACCUUCACAAACCGCGAGGGCGUGAAACCGAGGACACUAUACAACGUCGCAUUACAGGCUUUUAACCAACUUAAUGACGGAAAUAAAGGAGAGAACGAUGUCGUGUCUGCUUACUGCCCUCCGAGCGGUUCCUUUAACAUCACGAACACAGAGACGUGGUUAAACUCCACAAGUUUCAUACUGAAAUGGACUCGCCCACCCCUGGACGGGGGUGAUCCUAUUCUGAUUUACGACAUUGAGUAUAGCAAGGCUGACGCCGAUGGAAAGUUUGUCCACUGGAAUUCACGGAAGGGUAUUGGUGCGCAAGAGUACAACGUGACAGGAUUACAGGGAGGGUCUAGGUACGAGUUUAGGGUAUUCGUGUCUAACAUCGCUGGAAGGAAAAGAGAGCCCGCGAGGAAGGAAUUUAAUGUAUACAGCGGUGUAGGAGGAGGACCCUCCCCAGGUACAGGAACAGGAAUACUACCCACUCAGCCAGUCCUAGUAUACGACAUCUCAGUCAACUGCACGUCAUCUUACAUGCAAGUCGACUUUGCCCUGAAAUCUACUUAUCUUGAUGUCGAGACUUUCCGCUUUGAAAACAAAUCCUGCGGUCCUCUCACCGUCAGCUCUACACGUGUUUCCUUGAGAACACCGCUGGACGCCUGCGGGACCUCAAGUCGGCAGAGCGAGGAAUCCAUAACUUAUUUCAACAAAGUCGUAGCACAAACCAAAGAUCAGAAAACUGUGUACGUCGUUGAAUUUCCGUUCUCUUGUACAUACAACAGACAAGAUACAAUCGGAACUCCAAGUUUUCAACCAAGAAAAAAGAUCACCUUUUUUGAAGAGGGGUAUGGUAACUUCUCAUUUGAGAUGGGUCUGUACCGAAGUGCCGAGUACUUGAAACCGUAUGAUGUAUCAGAAUACCCGGUGAACAUCGACCCAUUCGGUCAGUUGUACUGCCAAGCAAAAUUGGACACCUCGGACCCAGAUCUCAUCCUCCGUGCUGACAUGUGCGUGGCCACACCCAGUAUGGACCCAUCACACAGCGUACAGUACAAGUUUAUCGACAACGGUUGCCCUAUUGAUAACGGGACAGAUUACACCCACACUUUGACAGACACGCAGCGCUUUCAGCUUGUACCGUUUCGUUGGAUCGCAAAUUACACUGUGGUUUAUCUUCAUUGUAAUGUCAUCGUCUGUCACAAGGAAGGAAAUUCACGCUGCAGCAAAGGAUGUCAGUCAUCAGAUCUUCGGCGCAAGAGGAGCACUGAGAACGAAGAAGAACACCGCAUCACCCUCGGUCCUGUCAUGCUCCGCAAACCUCUUCAAUCACAAUCCUAUAGGACGUUUGAAGAUCCUGUACGUCAAUCAACUAACGUUCACAGCCUCCCUUUAUGGGUAAUAAUUCUUGUUAUUUGUGGGACAGUGGUCGGAGUUGGUUUGGUACUCAUCGGCAGUGUACAGCUCUACUGCUUUGUGGCAGCAAAAUCUCAAAAUGGGGCAGCCGCUAUCGGAGAGAGUCAUUCAGAAGAGAUAGAACUUUUCUGCUCCGAAAAUGUUUAGGUUGUCUUCUGUCUCAAUUUUUUUAUUAUAAUAUAGGCAUAGAGGGGUAGGAAGAUUUAGGGUAAAAAGGAAUUUCAGGAAACUACAAGAGUGCGAAAGUAGAGAAAAUAGUAAAGUAACUCGGGUUUAAUGAAAUCUUCAUUGACCUGCUUUGUAUACUACCUCCUGGGAAGGCGCAGUUACGUUUCCUCGGAAAGGCGUGGGGCACAGUCUGUGAUAACUAGAUUGCAAAAAUAAAGGCCAUGUUACAAUGCGCACCGCAAUCCAAGAAAAGGAGAUCGAGGUACACCUCAGGUAAAUAACAGACUCGAGAGAGGGGUCCUUUCAAAGGGCUUCUGGACUCGGUCCCCACCUGAAGACCAAAUGGCACAAAACAAGAAGAAAACCUGUCUAAAACAGAAGUGAAGGGUUGUGUUCGUUAAAUAUUUUAAGGUAUCUCUGCAGCUCUGUAUGCGCUUUUGCGUGCUUAUAUAUUCUGCUUUCGUUCGUAGGAUGGUCAUGUUAGGCGAGCAAAUUAAGCCUGGUUAACAGAACAUUUGAAUACAUGCUAGUUCAAUUUCCGUACGUUUCUAUCCAGUAAACUAAGUUUUCGUUAGAAAACAAUUGUGCAAAUUUCAAUAAAUGGAACUUACUCUUA